AUGUCAGACUAUUUGCCCGCAGAGGUGACUGAAGAAAUUCUUCUAGGACUACCGGCAAAGUCAGUGCUGAGGUUUAGGUCAGUUUGCAAGACAUGGUACUCUCUCAUCUCUAACUCUCGCUUUGCCAAAGCUUACCUCGCUCGCAGCAACCAACGCUCUUCACCCUAUUUUCUAUUUGGACGUUUUGAGUACGAAAAAGAAAUUUUUAGUUUGCAUAGCAAUCCAGCCAUAGAUGACUCAUCAGAUUUCAUUGAGUUCGACCCUCCCUAUGACACUGGGGAUAUCUGGAGCUCGACCAGCGUCUACAAAAUAGUCGGUUCAGUCAAUGGGCUAAUUUGUCUAGUUGAUAGUCAUCAUAAUGCUUAUGAAAAAUAUUUUCUUUGGAACCCUUCUGUUAAUAGAUCCGUGAGACUUCCAUUGGUUACAAAUCUCGAUCAAUCACCAUAUGUGUAUUGUCUUGGCUUUGGAUAUCACGCCCCAACUAAUGAGUACAAAGUGGUGAGAAUUAUGUAUUUGGAUGAUGAUACUCCUUUGGCUGUGAUUUAUGCUCUUAACACUGGGGAAUGGCACCGUUUUACUUUCCCACCAAGUGCUAGCUUUAUUGUUCAACAAGCGAGUGUCUCGGUUUCUAUGAAUGGGGCAUUGCACUGGCUUGCUCAGAACUUCAUGCAGUAUACUUAUCACAAUUUUAUUCUUUCUUUCGAUUUGGGUGAUGAGAUUGUUUAUCAUGAAGUGCCUGUUCCUAAGGAUUUAGAAAUAGAAGGGGGUCAAUAUUCAUUAGAGGGGGGACAGAUUGCAAUGCUUAAUGGAUUACUUGCUUUACAUGGAGGGUUUAAUAACUACUAUGAGUGUCAUGCGAAAAAGCAUGAUGUGUGGGUGAUGAAAGAGUAUGGAGUUGUGGAAUCUUGGACUAAGUUAUACUCUAUUGAUUUCGAAAAUAAGAUAGCAGAGAGAGAGAGGCGGAUCGAAGUCACAGUCGCUGGAGAUGGAACCGUCUGAGCCGAUGCAGUCGCUGGAGAUGAAGUGAACCAAGACACCCAUGACCUCUUCGAAGUCACUCUCGAGUCCAACCAUAUCUAGACCCUCGUCACCCAUACUCCCCAAAUGGUCGACUCCUGGCUCUCCGACAUCUACCGCAUCCACCGCCGCCGUCUCCACCGCCUCAUCGUCAGCCUCGACGUCGAGUGGCGACCCAGUUUCAACCACAACAUCGAAAACCCAGUUGCCACUCUCCAACUUUGCGUGG